GCGGUAAGUCCUCACAUACGUUUUCCUCCAGCACAGGUCACCAUGACGACACCACUGAGCGCCUCCGCCAUCCGGCAGAAGUUCAUCGACUUCUUCAAGCAGAACGCGCACACGUAUGUGCACUCCUCGGCCGUGGUCCCCCUCGAUGACCCCACGCUGCUCUUUGCUAAUGCCGGCAUGAACCAGUUCAAGCCGAUCUUCCUGAACACCAUCGACCCGUCUCACCCCAUGGCCAAGCUGAACCGGGCCGCCAACACGCAGAAGUGUAUCCGGGCCGGGGGGAAGCACAACGACCUGGACGACGUGGGGAAGGACGUCUACCAUCACACCUUCUUCGAGAUGCUGGGCUCCUGGUCCUUCGGCGACUACUUCAAGGAGCUGGCGUGUAAGAUGGCGCUGGACCUUCUCACCAAGGAGUUCGGCAUUGACAUCGAUCGCCUAUACGUCACCUAUUUUGGGGGCAACGAGGCUGCCGGCCUGGAACCCGAUCUGGAGUGUAAACAAAUCUGGCUGAGCCUGGGCCUGCCAGAGGAGCGAAUAUUACCGGGCAGCAUGAAGGACAACUUCUGGGAGAUGGGGGAUACCGGCCCCUGUGGGCCCUGCAGUGAGAUGCACUUUGACCGCAUCGGUGGCCGGGACGCGGCCCACUUGGUGAACAUGGAUGACCCCAAUGUGCUGGAAAUCUGGAAUCUGGUGUUCAUCCAGUUUAACAGAGAGAGUGAUGGAAGCCUGAAGCCUCUGCCCAAGAAAAGCAUUGACACCGGCAUGGGUCUGGAGAGACUGGUGUCUGUACUGCAGAGCAAAAUGUCCAACUAUGACACCGACCUGUUUGUCCCGUACUUCGAGGCCAUCCAGAAGGGCACCGGAGCUCGUCCUUAUUCCGGGAAGGUGGGUGCCGAGGAUGAAGAUGGCAUCGACAUGGCAUACAGAGUCCUUGCUGACCACGCCAGAACAAUCACCGUGGCGCUGGCUGAUGGCGGACGACCUGACAACACUGGGCGCGGGUACGUUCUACGUCGUAUCCUCCGCCGCGCCGUCCGGUACGCUCAUGAGAAACUCAACGCUUCUAAAGGGUUCUUCUCCACUCUGGUUGACGUGGUGGUCCAAUCGCUGGGAGACGCUUUCCCCGAGAUCAGGAAAGACCCCGAUAUGGUGAAGGAUAUCAUCAAUGAGGAGGAAACGCAGUUCCUAAAAACACUCACCAGAGGCAGACGCAUCCUGGACAGGAAGAUCCAGAGCUUGGGAGAGCAUAAGAUCAUCCCAGGUGAUACGGCAUGGCUACUGUAUGACACGUAUGGUUUCCCGGUGGAUCUAACGGGUCUAAUAGCAGAAGAGCGCGGCCUGAAGGUGGAUAUGGAGGCCUUUGAAGAGGAGAGGAAGGCUGCUCAGCUGAAAUCUCAGGGGAAGGGGGCUGGAGACGAGGACCUCCUGAUGCUGGACAUUUACGCCAUUGAGGAGCUGCGCUCCCGGGGCCUGGCGCCCACCGACGAUUCUCCCAAAUACAAUUACAAGUCUAACUCUGAGGGUGUCUACGAGUUUGAAGGUGUGGUGGGCACGGUGAAGGCAAUCCGCAGAGAGAAGACCUUUGUGGAUGAGGUCAGCACAGGGCAGGAGUGCGGCAUCGUCCUGGACAAGACCUGCUACUAUGCAGAACAAGGCGGGCAGACGUUCGACGAGGGGUACAUGGUCCGGGAAGAUGAUGCCAGUGACGAUAAAACAGAGUUCACGGUCAGGAAUACGCAGGUGCGCGGUGGUUAUGUCCUCCACAUAGGGACUGUGUACGGCACCCUGAAAGUUGGGGAUUGCGUGCACCUCUACGUUGAUGAGGCAAGAAGACGGCCGAUCAUGAGCAACCACACAGCCACCCACAUCCUGAACUUCGCCCUGCGCUCUGUCCUCGGGGAGGCUGACCAGAGGGGAUCGCUGGUUGCCCCCGACAGGCUGAGAUUCGAUUUUACAGCUAAAGGUGCCAUGACCACUCAGGAGAUCCGCCAAGCUGAAGAGGUCGCAGCAAAACUGAUCCAGGAGAACAAAACCGUGUAUGCUUUGGAUUGCCCCCUGGCCGCUGCUAAAUCUAUUCAGGGUCUGCGCGCCGUGUUCGAUGAGACUUACCCCGACCCCGUCCGCGUGGUGUCGGUGGGGAUUCCCGUGGAGGACCUCCUGGCUGACCCCUCGGGCCCGGCCGGCUCUGUCACGUCCAUAGAAUUCUGUGGAGGAACACACCUUCAGAACUCCGGCCAUGCCGGAUCCUUCGUCAUCGUCACCGAAGAAGCCAUCGCUAAAGGAAUCCGCAGGAUAGUGGCCGUCACCGGGGCCGAGGCGCAGAAGGCUGUCCGCAGACAGGAGGCCCUGAAGUCUUCACUCAGCCAGCUGGAGGCCAAAGUGAAGCAGCAGACGUCCCCCAACAAGGAUAUACAGAAGGAAAUAGCGGAUCUCGGCGAGGUAAGAUGGUCACAUGACCUGCCCACU